AACAUUUAUAAAAACCCGGAAAAACCCACAUUCGAUCGAGAGAGAGACUCCAGAGAGAGAGAGAGAGCGCGGAUUGUAUCAGGGCAGAGGAAUGGUGUGUGAAAAGUGUGAGAAGAAAUUGGGGAAGGUGAUUGUGCCCGACAAGUGGAAGGAAGGGGCCAGCAACACCACCGAAGGCGGCGGCCGUAAGAUCAACGAGAACAAACUCCUCUCCAAGAAAAACAGCAUGUCUUCCUUCUUCAGAAGGGGAUGUUUAGUGGUAUAUUUCCCACCACAUUCAGUACUGGUACAAAAAGGAAUGGAUGUGGAUUACCAUGGGCAUCGACUUUGGACAAACGAUACUGAUGGUAAGGGGUUGGGCCCACUUUACCCCUCAUACACCUCCAUAAAUGGAGGAUUUGCGUCUGGGCCUGUAUUAUUCGAUAAUGCCCUGUCCGAUAUCUCUCCACAUACACGGACUCUGGUCUUCUUUGUGUGCAUUUCAUUGAUUCGGAAUCUGAUUUCUUCCCAAUAGUUUCGAGGUUGAGACUUGUUUAUUGGCCUUGGCCUUUGAGUUUUUGGGUGUGAAAUAGAGGGCAAUCACUUGGUGCAAAAAAGAGGCCAAAAGUCAGGUCUGUAUCAAAUUUAUGUCCCACAGACCUUAGUUAAUGACAACUAUCGUCACACUACUUUAGAUGGAUGUAGUUAUUGUUACCUACAAAAGCUUACUCUUUAUUUUUACUACUUGAUGUGUUUCCACUUAAGAAGUAUGGACAUGGACACAGUACUGGUAUGGGUACAGACACGUGAUACAAACAGCAGGGACCAUGGUAAAAGUAAAAAACGCAUAUACUUUACAUUUUUUAAAUUGUAAUUAAUGAGCAUACCAGAUCCACAAACACUCAAGCUAUUGGAAACCAACACUAACUUUAGCACAAAAAUAAAAACUCUCUGCUUCUACAUAAUUAAAAUAUGAUCGAUAAAAGGGAGCCAUGCGGUACAAGUUAUAGGUUUGCUGUAAAAUUUUACCCUUGAAAUUAGUUUUUUACAUUUUGAAGUGACACCAACCCAUGUCCCAACACCUCGCUUGGGACGCGUGUGACCUCAACAUGUCUCAGAUGUGUCCCAUGCUAAAAUUUGUUAUACAUAGUUGGACACGCAAGUUGACGUGUCCCAUAUGUCUCCCCACGUGUUCCCGGAGUGUUGGUGUGUCCGACACGGAUAAGGCUUCUUCUUAGAGGUGUAGGUGCUUCAUAGGUCCGUGUCUUAAUGCAUUCUACAAUAUCUCUUAACAUGCACGACUCUUUUUUCCAUUCGAAGAAUUGCAGUGA